GAGGGACAGCCUCCUCUCUUUUCUUAGCUCGGUGAGUCCCCAGGCCGGAAUCACAGGCCGACCCAACCCCAGCUCGGCCCGCGGCCCCCGAGGCCCGGACUGACAUCACCUUUCCAGAAACUUCACCGGGCACCGGUAUAUAAGGAUCCCGUCGGGGCCACGGGCCGGACACGCCACCCGGCCAGCCAGAGCCCUCCGACCACCAUGGACAUCGCCAUCCACCACCCCUGGAUCCGCCGGCCCUUCUGGCCCUUCCCCACGUCCAGCCGCAUCUUCGACCAGAGCUUCGGGGAGCACCUCCUGGACUCGGACCUGUUCCCCGCUUCCUUCCCCGGCUUCCCCGCCUUCCCCGCCUUCCCCACCUCCUUUCCGGCCCUGAGCUCCUACUACCUGCGGCCCUCCUUCCUCCGGCCGUCCAGCUGGAUCGACACCGGACUCUCUGAGAUGCGACUGGAGAAGGACAAGUUCUCCGUGAACCUGGACGUGAAACACUUCUCCCCGGAGGACCUCAAAGUCAAGGUGCUGGGGGACGUGAUUGAGGUGCACGGCCAGCACGAGGAGCGGCAGGACGAGCACGGCUUCAUCUCCCGCGAGUUCCACCGAAAGUACCGGCUCCCGGCCGACGUGGACCCCCUCGCCAUCACCUCGUCCCUGUCGUCCGACGGGGUGCUGAGCGUGACCGGCCCCCGGAAGCAGGCCGCCGGCCCCGAGCGCACCAUCCCCAUCAAGCGGGAGGAGAAGCCCGCCGUGACCGCGGCCCCCCGCAAGUAGGCUGACCCCCUCCAGCCCCGCCAUCCCCACUCGGCCCAGGCCUGGCGGGAGGACACAGGCCCUGACCCGGCGGGUGCCGGUGCCGAGGGCGGGCCCAGGGGACCGAGCCAAUAAAGCGUCAAUCGUCA